AUGGCUUACUUGGCUAGAUCUCCUUUGAAAGUAAUACUAUUUGGUGAGCAUGGUGUUUUGUCGGGAGCAAGAUGCCUGGCUAUUUCCAUAAAGAUAUAUGGAUAUCUGGCUAUGAAACCCUCUCCAAGGGAUAAGGCUGUUGUUAUUGAUGGCGAGGGAAAUUAUAUUGACCUAAUCGAAAAGUACAAAUGUAGCAUUCCUGGAUCAGAUGCAAUUCUCUUCUUGGAAGCUUCUCUGGGAUGUGGGCUAGGAACAAGUGCUGCAGUGUCUCUCCUACUGUCAUAUGGGAGAGUCCAAGAUUCGAAGAUGACAAGAGAGGCCCUUGCAAUAGAAAAUAUGUUUCAUGGAAAGGCGUCUGGCGUUGAUGUCUUGGCUUGUUAUACAGGAGGUUUGAUCUCUUUUAAACAGGGUAAUGUGCAGAAGCUCUCGACUCGCCAUCUUUCCCGAUUCAAGAUACUUAUCUUCAAUAGCAGAAUACCUAAGAAUACCCAGUCUGCCAUCCAGGUGGGGGAACUUAAGAAGGAAUUGUAUGAUGAAAUAGGGAAGAUUUCUGAAGAAGCAUAUUGGCUACUUCAAAGAGAAUUUACUUUGGAAGAAUUGUAUAAGCUCAUAAGGAAAAGCCAGGACCUCUUAGAUGAGCUGGGAGUUUGUCCUAGAGAGAUGAGGGAGGUGGUGAGAAGGAUGAGGGAUAUAGGAGUUGAAGUAAAGAUAACAGGAGCAGGAUGCGGAGGUCAUCUUGUAACAGUGGUGAACAAAGAUCUGGAGAUUCCCGGGUGGACACCGGUAUCGAUUGAUCUCCAAGGAUUUUAUAUUUUUGAUACAGAAUGCUGA